CAAGUCUAAGUUGCUGAACAAGAACACAGGAAUGGAAAGUGUUAUGACAAAAAAAGUGAAGCUUCUUGUGGCAUUAAUGUCCCUUCAGUUUUGUUUUGCAGGAUACCACAUUGUCUCUAGACUUGCACUUAAUAUUGGUGUCAGUAAAGUUGUUUACCCUGUUUAUCGAAAUAUAAUUGCCCUUCUUUUGUUGAGUCCACUUGCUUGUUUCUUAGAGAAGAACGAAAGACCACCUCUUACUUUUUUGCUGUUUCAGUUUUUCCUAUUAGCAUUGCUAGGCAUCACUGCAAACCAAGGGUUUUACUUGUUGGGAUUAUAUUAUGCUUCUCCAACUUUAGCUUCUGCAAUGCAGAACUCAGUUCCUGCAAUCACUUUUGUCAUGGCCUCAGCUCUAGGACUUGAGGAAGUCAACAUUGCAAGAAUAGAUGGAUUGGCAAAAAUUCUAGGAACCAUUGCAAGUGUUGGAGGUGCAACUGUGAUCACUCUAUACAAAGGCCCUCCUCUUCUCCACCUGCAGACACCUCAGAUGCAAGACGAUAGCUACAUACAUCAGUCAUCAACCAAAGUUCAGAAUUGGACAUGGGGUUGCGUAUACUUACUUGGACAUUGUUUAUCUUGGGCUGCUUGGAUGGUUUUUCAGGCUCCUGUGGUGAAGAAGUAUCCAGCAAAACUAUCACUCACUUCCUUUACAUUCUUCUUUGGAUUAGUUCAGUUCUUGAUUAUAGCAGCCUUUUUAGAAACUGAUAUGGAACGUUGGAAGAUAAUAUCAAAAGAAGAGCUUCUUACCAUCCUAUAUGCUGGAAUUGUAUCGUCUGGGGUUGUAAUAUCUCUGCAAACAUGGUGUAUUCAAAAGGGUGGCCCUGUAUGUGUUGCUGUCUUUCAGCCAUUGCAAACCUUUUUAGUUGCUAUAAUGGCAGCAUGGGGGAAGAGCAAGAGCAAAGAGAAAAAUGCGACCAAUGCAAAAAAGUGAUUACUAACAGAAGCCUUGCUCAACGAUGAGGAAGAGAAUAAACAUACUGAUGCAGCACCUAAAGGCAUACCUUGACAUCUCGUUCCAUUGACAUUGACAAAUACAUGCAAUCAUGCAUACCAUGGCAUCUAGUUUCUGGUGUGGUAUCAGCACAACACAACCACUGAAGUAGUCCAGCUCUUUGCAGCAUUGCAACUUGUGCAAGAAUCAGCUAUUUUUCAUUAAUGUAUCUUUAUGCUUAUUUUCACCUAGUAAAUCAUAUACUAGAUAUUCGAGUCAAGGACUCUGAGGCAAAAGGCCUGGCUAAUGUUAGUUUAAACGACAAGAUAAAACUGUCCGUUAGAAUCCAUGUGCUUUUGCUUUACCCACUGACAUGUACAUCUGAAUUUAUGUAUGAAAGGUCAUACUCACUAUGAACAUUUAAAAACCCACUUUAGAUGAAUGAUGAGUCUAAAUAGAUGAGUUCUCUAUACAUGAAUGUUAAGUUUACCGUUCCUUUUA